GAUAACCUUCACUUGCRAAUCUAGACGAGGUGUGCUGGCAGUUGGUAGAGAGAGACCAAAUGAAGCCAUCCCAGUUUGAUCGCAACGUACAGUGACAACAUGGUGACAACUCCACUCGUCAAACUCCGUCGAGAUUAAGAUAUGAAUAAACAAAGCUUGAUUAGUCAACUCAAGAGCUUUAAGAAUGCAGUAAAGCAAAGCUUAAAUGAACUUAGAUUGAAAAAGGAAGAAAUCAAAGCAAAAACGCAAAGGGCACAAGAGCUAGAACAAGAAAAAAAGAGACUGAAAAAAGAAGUGAAAACUCUGAGCGAAACAAACUACGAACUAAAUAGAACGAUAUGGAUAAUGAAGGCCGAAGAUGAACUUUUGGAAUAUGAUUUCGAGGCACUUGAAGAGGAUAAUGAAGAGUUAAAGAAAAAAAUUGAAUGUCAGAUUGCGCAACAGAAAACACUUGAAGAAGAGAUCCAUGUGUUAAAGGAAGAGGCUGAAAGCCAACAUUUGCAGAUGAAGACACUGGCACACGAGAACGAAAACUUAAAGCAAAAUACCGACAACCAGAAGAUCCAACAAGACCUACUAAACCAGGAGAAUCAAACACUAAAGAGUGAGGCACAAAGCUUCAAAAACCGAUGCGAAAUGCUUCAAAAGGAAAAAGAAGCCCUAAAGAAUGAAGCUGAGAGCAAAUUUAUUCAGCAAGAACAGAUAAUCAAAGAACUGACGGAGAAGCUCAACCUUGUGCAGAAUGUGGAGAAGGUAUCUGUGGAAGUACAGACGUUAACAAAACCAUCAAAUCCUUUCCGAAGAUUCAUCAGAAGGGUUCGACGAGUUCUUCGCAUUAGAUGAGGUGUUUCCUCAGUUACAGUUGCUUUAUGUUUUAUCGACUUUUUUUGUGGUAUCGUUCGAUAUCGUUUAUUCUAAUUAGGUGUUUAGUUGAUGAGGGCAUUAUCCAAUCUUUAGGCUCUCAUUUUAUAUCACGUUAUUUUAUGGCUUACUUAAGAAUCAGAAUCAUAGCGAAUAAAUAGAA